AUGGGAUGCGAGGGGGCGGGAGCUCGAGCUCGAGCGGACCGGAGAGGCGACAUUCUGACCGCAGCCGCCGCGCAGCUGAACAACAAUGAAGAACCGGGACUCAACGGGUCCUGGGUGGAGCUGGAGAUGAACGGAAACACUCAGCAGCAGAACCCCAGCUUGCCCUCGCUGCUAGGGAACGGGAACCAAGGCGAGUCCCAGGCUUCACAGGCCCUGGAGGCCGUGCAGGAGGAAGAGGAGGUCCUGACAGGAGGACUGGAGCAUGUGCCUUCCUCCUCCUCUAUCCAUAACGGAGACAUGGAGAAAAUCCUACUGGACGCCCAGCACGAGUCCAGCCCCAGCAGCUCGUCCUGCAAUAGCCCACCACGACCACACAGUCCUGACCAGGAUGAGGGGCAGAUCACGUUUGAUGUGGAGAUGCCCAGCGAGAGAGACUGUCAGUCAGAAGAUGAUAGUCUGGAGAAGGACAAAGAAGAUGAUAUCCUCAUGGAUAAAGGGGAGAGUUGGGUGGCAGACUGGUCCAGUCGACCGGAGAACAUUCCCCCGAAGGAAUUCCACUUCCGCCACCCAAAGCGUUCUGGAUCGGUGUCUCUGAGCAUGAGAAAGACGGGUGCUAUGAAGAAAGGUGGCGUGUUCUCCGCCGAGUUCCUCAAAGUGUUCAUGCCCUCGCUGCUGCUCACCCACAUCCUGGCUCUGGGACUGGGGGUCUACAUUGGAAAGAGAUUAACUACACCCUCCACCAGCUCAUUUUAAACCUGAACAGACCCCAGUGCCUGGAUGCUCCAUCAUGAGCAGCAGUGGCACAGCAGUGGCCAAUCGUGUGAUGACUCCUCUCUCUCUCUCUUUCUCUCAUUCUCUCCCCCUCUCUGACUUUCUCUUUAUCGUUUCUUUAAUCCACGGUCCUGAUUUCCCAUCACAUCCUCUGCUGGGAGACAUUCUGCUUGUUGACCUUUGGCUGUGUCGCAUUUUCUUGCCCUCUAACCCUGUGGCUUACUGACAUGUUUUAGAUGUUUUUAUUUGGACAUGUAGUGAAUUAUUCACUGACGUUUAUUUUUCAUGACACGCUACUAUACAAGUUAGAGCCCCACUACAGCCACAGCCAUAAUGGACUUUUAUUUCUGCAUGACGCACUUCAUAUGUAACUAAUAUAGAGUCUGGAUGUGGCCCGAGAUAUCUUGGGAGUAUAUUGACUCUCAAUAGGAAAUUUAGGAGGGUUGUGAUAUUUUGUUCUAGCGAGAUGAUUUUGCUCAUUAUGUUGCGCAAUUUAAUUUAUUGACUUCCCUUCUUGUGUCACAGCAUCAAAAAUGCAUGUCAGUCAUUUACUUUCAUUGGAGAACGAUGACUGUUUAAUGACAGACCAAGUCAUUCAUUCUAUGUCAGUGCACUCGCUGCAUUGCUUUGGACUGUUACGACAAUUAUUUUGAGACUUAUUUUGCAUAGAAUGUAAAUCUUAGAGGUUCCACUAAGUUCUGUUUUAGGCCCUUUUCUGUCUGCUCUUCACUUCUGUAAAGAUCCAAAAUGACAGGCUAGAACCGAAGCAUCACUUUAUAGCAGCAUUAUAGUAUAAAAAUAUAUAAGUAAAUCACAAAUUUACAUGAACAAUACAUGGUUUUUCUAAUCGAAAGACCUUAAGCUAAAGAGAUCAGCAUGGACGUAUAUCUGUUUAAGAGCCAAACUGGUCGGGUUAGAUGUUUUUUGAGUUACUAAGGAAGCUACACACAAGAACACACACACUCUGGUUUGCCUUGAUGCAUAUCCUGCUCGCAGCAGUUUCUAACUGUGUAUCUUAGUGCCAAAGGGUUUCCACCGUCAACCCAACAUGAGUCGUUUGCACCUCUCGUAGACUCGGUCGGGGUUAUUGAUCCUGUCAGUCACUCCGUUUUGACAACACCUUACAAAGGCCUUUGGUUUUACUGUGAACACCCUGUGGAUAUUAGGCAUAGUGUUGCUAUAGUUGUGUAUUAUACGCAGUUGUACGUACUUUUGUCAAAGCAACAGAUCCACGCUCAGUGUACAUAUUUAUAUGCAAUAUGGUGUAGUUUUACAGAUAAAACUACUAAUUUAGAAGACUUUAACAGGUUUACACUCGCUGAUUUACAUUCGUCACGAACAUGUCCGGGUCAUAUUUCAUCCCAUUUGAUUGAUUUUAUUUUCAUUUAGAAAGAUUUAAGCCUGGUUUUAAAAGCAUUUAAGCAUUAAAAACAUUUUUUUUUCUUUUGAUUUAUGGGUAAAAGAUAACCAGGACAUUUUCUUGACAAGUUUUUUUUAAUUCACCCUCACAGUAUCUAGUAACACUUUUACUAAGCAAAGUGUUUCAUUCAAAAAAAACAGUACAGCAAGAGUUUUGCUACCUAAAUCAGUUAACAGGUCACCCUUUGCAUUAAGGCCUUCUGUGUCAUUGUGCCACACUUGACUUCUUUACUCUGUUUUCAUGCUGUUUUUUCUUUCUCAGAGGGGGAGUGGAAAUACAAGAGGCCAAUUUAGUGUCACUUCAACCGUGCCUCGACUUUUGUUUGCACCUUUUCUGAGCCCCAUUGCAUGCGUGUGUUCAGAGAUUUCACAUCAGGACGUGACAGAAGUGAAGUUUUCCCCUGCGUUGGGUGAAAUGAGAACUGUGAAUGGAAUAGCUGUAGCUCAUGUCAGAUAUGAUAAACUAGCCCUGCCCGCUCCGUUUCGGGUAGGAUCACCAUACGAGAUGUUUUACGCACAUUUGUUAUAUCUCUCUUUUGUUUUUUUGAGUUUUUGCUUUAUUAAUCAUGAGUGUGGAUACUGGAUGGCGGGGCCCUCGUGAUUGACAGCUCCACCAUGUGUUUCGUUUGCAUUCCCAUAGCGACUGGAGUGAUGAAGCAAUGAACAUGUAGUUUCGUGUGUUUCGCUGGUAUAGGUGAUAUUAAAAUAUAACCUGACAUUCAUCUUUUCUUUUGUUGUCAUUCCAUUGUGUUUAGCUUUUGCCAUGUGACAUCUUGGGAAGUUAUAUGAAACCGGUCCUUUUUGUUUUUCCUCCUUGUUAUAUUCAUCACAUAAAUAUUCUUACAUUAAUAUGCAUGUAGAACCGAACAAAUGUAGAUUAAAAC